AUGGGCCGACGAUCCGGCAACGACGUUCCACCCCCCCCCCCCCCCCCAGUGGACACGUGGGCCGCGUCUUGGAGCGCGGCCCACUCCCCUGCGCGAUCCAGGGGCCCACAACUUCGGCGCAGGUUGGAGCUCGCUGCCCGGACAGCUGCCCGAUCCUUUUCCCAUCGAGCUGAACUCGACUUGCCUGUCCCGCAGCGGCGUAACUGCUCUCCAACUCCCACCAAAAAGGAGCACCGUGGACCAUCGCGCCUCAAGCCACCUCCGGGCUUCCCGGGACCGAUCCCCGCUCCCUGCUCCCGUGUGUGGGAAAGACUGGAGUGUGUGUGCGCCCGCUCUUCGUGCGUGAGGAAGACGGAAGUGUUUGACCGCCUGACCCAAACACCGCGGUAA